CGGCUCAUCCAAGGCGUCCACCGCGCGGAGAUCUUCCAAAAAAGUACUAUUUGGGACUAACGCCCUGCAAAAAAGAGAAAUGAAUUCUGUGUGCGUUACCGCUCCUCUUUCCAAUACAAUGAACACUGACAUCCAGCAGUCCAGCAGCCCAGCUUCCCUGUGGAGACCGUGGCUCGUGACCAGAAAGGAUGCACAAAUUGAAUGCAGGAGAACCAAGCUGGCUUGUCCUUACUCCAGGCCAGAAGUGCCCAGUAACACUACAACAGAUGGCAAAAUGCAGUCUUUCCAGCACCCUGUCAGGCUGUAUUGGCCCAGAUCGAAGUCAUACGACUACCUCUUCAGUGAUGGCGAGGCCCUGCUCAGAAAUUUCCCAGUUCAGGCCACCAUAAACUUCUACGAUGAGUCAGACAGCGAGGAAGAGGAGGACAGCUGUGACGAAGACGAUGACAGCGAUGCUGAGGAGUGUCUUAAACUUAACAGACUUAACUUCACCAGUUACAACUGAAUGUUCAACCUCAUCCGUCUCCACAGCUGUGACUUUGAUAAAUUUCAUACAUUUAACACCAACACUGGAUAAUGCCCCAUUGUGCUCUAUUAGAGAAGUCGUGCCAUCAGUAAUUCAGUGCAUGGACAUGGUGUUUCUUAUGAGCGUCUAGAGCACAACCAGAGUGAUUUUACUGAUUGUUUUAUGCAGGAAACAUCAAUUACAUGAAUGCAGAUUCAGAUAUGUCUUGCAUAAAAGUAAUUCCUGUUAAAAACAGUGAAAAUGCAGUCCCACAUUGGGAAAUGUUGUUUCAGAGCGAUCUCAGGGUUCUUACCUUAAAAAUUCUAUUUGUAUUCUAU